CCGGAUCAGGAAGCAUAUAUUCAUCGGCCCCAUGUGUUGCGGUUCACUCCUUCAUUCAAUCUUGAAACGACAACUUCAGCUACGUCCUUCCCCACAGAACACGGACAUCAAUACGUGCUUUAGUAUACGAUAAAUAAUCUCUCCCAAAACGGUGGUGCCUGUGCAAGCAAACAGCAAACAGCAACGCUAGCUAUCUGAAUGAAGAGUGCAGUGGAGUGCAGCAUGUUAAAGGAAAACCGGUGGAACAUCCCUCCCAAUGCCCCAGCAUGCAUGGAGAAGCAUCUGUGCGCGGUGCAGUACAGACCAGAUGGCACCUUGCUGCUGGGUGCCUCCAGCCUCAGUGGCAGGAGCUGGCAGGGAUCUGUGUGGAUCUACAGUGACCCUGUGAAGGCCCCCAAUGAGGAGCUCUGCAAAGCUGGUGUGCAGACUGAGGCUGGAGUCACAGAUGUCAAAUGGGUGUCAGAAAAGGGUGUUGUUGUUGCAUCGGACUCAGGUGCCUUGGAGCUCUGGGAACUGUCCGAGGAUGAACGCCUGCUGGUGAAUCGUUUCACCAAACAUGACCACGACCACAUCGUCACCACAGUGAGCCCGGUUACUGGAGCCAGCAGUGCUGUCACUGGCAGCAUGGACUGUCGAAUUAAAGUUUGGGAUCUCAGUCAGGAGUCAGUUGUCACUACCUACAAUGUACACACACAGCCAGUUAGUUGUGUUGCCUGCAGUCCUACAGACGAGUCUCUCUUCAUCUCCUGUGGUCAAGAUGGCCGUGUGCUGAUGUGGGACAAGAGGAAGCCAAACAAACCCGCCUCUAGAAUAGAUACAGAGUCCCCUAGCUGCUCCCCUACAACUGUAGCUUGGCACCCCCACCACAGAAGCACCAUAGCUUUUGGUGACGAGCUGGGCAGAGUGACUGUGAAAGAUUUCCUGGGAACGGAGCCGUCCCGUGUGCAGAAUGUCCACAGCCGCAGAGUUAAUGGGCUCGCCUUCUCUACACACAGUGCCUCCAUGCUAGCCUCCAUAAGUGAUGAUUGCUCCCUCGCUGUUUUGAACUCUGAACUGCAAGAAAUACUCAGAGAUCGGCAACACCAGGACUUUGUCAAAGGUGUGUCCUGGCUCCACGGUGGCUCUAACACUCUAACAACCAUAGGCUGGGAUCACCUUGUGCUUCACCACACCGUGGAUCCGGCUGCAGGAGCUCCCAACUCCUCCUCUUAGAUCCGACGAUGCUCGCACACCUUGGAAGAGCACAGUUUAAAAUACUUUCCCCCUUAUUUUUGAGGGGUGUCCGUGCGUAUCUUAAAAAUUAAAUACAAUAUGUCAGUCAGGAAAUAUGGAUUUAAUUGUUUCAUUGUCAUGUAGUACCCCAGAUGUGUUCACAAUAUUUGAACUUCUGCUCUCCCAGUCCUGGGCUUGGUGCGUUGCUAUAUUACUCUACAAUGGUCUCUCUAUCCACUUCUUUCAUACUGUAUAGCAUUCCCAUGUAUAACUACACCUGAGGCAACCCAUUUGUAUUGCAUAAUUUUACAUUAAAGGUAACUUAAUGUUGUGAUAGCAA